AUGGUUAUGUCUGCCGCAGGACUUCAAAGCCGUCUCAUGCCCCAUCAACUUCCUCUUCGGGAAGCUAUCCUCGCUCCCAUCAUGAGUGCCUACGUCGUCCCCAUUACCAGCUCCGACGAGGCGAAGACCAACAUUCACGACGCUCUGCAUGCAAUCCUGGCAACCAUGCCGGAGGCGAACAAGCUCUUUGACCUUGCCAACUUCCACGCCCGAUUCGGGAAGGUGCACACGGGCGUGAGGCGAGUGCUGUAUCCCCAUGGACUCGCCGGCUUCAACGAGAAUGGCCCCUUCUGCUGGGAAUCUGCACAGAACACCACCUCCUCCUGA